AUGGCCUGCUCCCUUUUCCUCUGCGCCCCAGGGUUCACGGAUACCUUCAACAUGGACACCAGGAAGCCCCGGGUCAUCCCGGGCCCCAGGAGCGCCUUCUUUGGCUACACAGUGCAGCAGCAUGACAUCGGAGGCAAGAAGUGGCUGGUGGUGGGCGCUCCACUGGAAACCAACGGCCAUCAGAAGACAGGAGACGUGUACAAGUGCCCGGUGACCCACGGGAACUGCACCAAGCUCAACCUGGGAAGGGUCACGCUGUCCAACGUGUCCGAGCGGAAGGACAACAUGCGCCUGGGCCUGAGCCUGGCCACCAACCCGAAGGACAACAGCUUCCUGGCCUGCAGCCCCCUCUGGUCUCACGAGUGUGGGAGUUCCUACUAUACCACAGGGAUGUGCUCCAGAGUCAACUCCAACUUCAGGUUCUCCAAGACCGUGGCCCCUGCGCUCCAAAGGUGCCAGACCUACAUGGACAUCAUCAUCGUCCUGGACGGCUCCAACAGCAUCUACCCCUGGGUGGAGGUUCAGCACUUCCUCAUCAACAUCCUCAAGAAGUUUUACAUCGGCCCUGGGCAGAUUCAGGUUGGAGUCGUUCAGUACGGAGAAGACGUGGUCCAUGAAUUCCACCUCAAUGACUACAGGUCUGUAAAAGAUGUUGUGGAAGCAGCCAGCCACAUUGAGCAGAGAGGAGGGACAGAAACCCGAACUGCAUUUGGCAUCGAAUUUGCUCGCUCAGAGGCUUUCCAGAAGGGUGGAAGGAAAGGGGCCAAGAAAGUGAUGAUUGUCAUCACAGAUGGCGAGUCGCACGACAGCCCCGACCUGGAGAAGGUGAUCCAGCAAAGCGAGCGGGACAACGUGACCAGAUACGCAGUGGCCGUCCUGGGCUACUAUAACCGCAGGGGGAUCAAUCCUGAAACUUUUCUCAAUGAAAUCAAGUACAUCGCCAGUGACCCCGAUGACAAGCACUUCUUCAACGUCACCGACGAAGCGGCCCUGAAGGACAUUGUUGAUGCCCUGGGGGACAGGAUCUUCAGCUUGGAAGGCACCAACAAGAACGAAACCUCCUUCGGGCUGGAAAUGUCACAGACUGGCUUCUCCUCCCACGUGGUGGAGGACGGGGUUCUGCUGGGAGCCGUCGGUGCCUAUGACUGGAAUGGAGCUGUGCUCAAGGAGACCAGUGGCGGGAAGCUCAUUCCUCUCCGAGAGUCCUACCUGAAAGAAUUCCCCGAGGAGCUCAAGAACCAUGGGGCCUACCUGGGGUACACGGUCACGUCGGUCGUGUCCUCCCGGCAGGGGCGUGUGUACGUGGCCGGAGCCCCCCGCUUCAACCACACAGGCAAAGUCAUCCUGUUCACCAUGCACAACAACCGGAGUCUCACCAUUCACCAGGCCCUUCGUGGGGAGCAGGGCCGCGAGCGCGGCCGGGUCUACGUCUACAGCCUGAGACAGGACCGGUUUGUUUACAAUGGGACACUGAUGGAUGCCCAGAAUUUCCAGAAUGCCCGAUUCGGGUCCUCCAUUGUCUCGGUUCCGGACCUCAAUCAAGACUCCUAUAAUGAUGUGGUGGUGGGAGCCCCAUUAGAGGACAACCACCGGGGAGCCAUCUACAUCUUCCAUGGCUUCGGAGGCAGCAUCCUAAAAAAGCCAAAGCAGAGAAUCGCCGCCUCAGAACUGGCUCCAGGUCUCCAAUAUUUUGGCUGCAGCAUCCACGGGCAGCUGGACCUGAACGAAGACGGGCUGGUCGACCUGGCAGUGGGCGCCGUUGGCAACGCUGUGAUUCUGUGGUCACGCCCUGUGGUUCGGAUCAACGUCAGCCUCCACUUCGAGCCGUCCAAGAUCAACAUCUUCCACAGAGACUGCAAACGCAGUGGCAGAGAUGCCACCUGUCUGGCCGCCUUCCUCUGCUUCACACCCAUCUUCCUGGCACCCCAUUUCCAAACGGCCACCGUUGGCAUCAAGUACAACGCCACCCUGGAUGAGAGACGGUACACGCCGAGGGCCCACCUGGACGAGGGCGGGGACCGGUACAGCAACAGGGCCGUCCUGCUUUCCUCCAGCCAGGAGCACUGUGAGCGGAUCAGCUUCCAUGUUCUGGACACCGCUGACUACGUGAAGCCAGUGACCUUCUCUGUGGAGUACGCCCUGCAGGACCCCGACAACGGCCCCGUGCUGGACGAAGGCUGGCCCACAGCCCUGAGGGUCUCGGUGCCCUUCUGGAAUGGCUGCAGUGAGGAUGAGCACUGUGUCCCUGACCUCUUGCUGGACGCCCAUAGUGACCUGCCAACGGCCAUGGAGUACUGCCAGACGGCGCUGAGGAAGUCUGCGCAGGACUGCUCCACAUACGCGCUGUCCUUUGACACUACAGUUUUCAUCAUAGAGAGCACGCGCCGGCGGGUGGCCGUGGAGGCCAUGCUGGAGAACAGGGGUGAGAACGCCUACAACACCAUCCUGAAUAUUUCACAGUCAGCAAACCUGCAGUUCGCCAGCUUGAUCCAGAAGGAUGACUCGGAGGGCAGCAUCGAGUGCGUGAAUGAGGAGAGGAGACUCCACAAGAAAGUCUGCAACGUCAGCUACCCCUUCUUCCGGGCCAAGGCCAAGGUGGCUUUCCGGGUAGAUUUUGAGUUCAGCAAAUCUGUCUUCCUGCACCACCUGGAGAUCCAGCUCGCCGCAGGCAGGAGCAGCAGCCUGAACCACUAUGAGGUCAAGCCCAACAGCUCGCUGGAGAGAUAUGAUGGCCUCGGGCCCCCUUUCAGCUGCAAUUUCAAGGUCCAAAACUUGGGCUUGUUCCCCGUGCACGGGGUGAUGAUGAAAAUCACCAUCCCGAUCGCCACCAGGGCUGGCAACCGUCUGCUGGUGCUGCGGGACUUCCUCACCGACCAGGGGAACACGUCCUGUAAGAUCUGGGGGAACAGCACCGAGUACCGGCACACUCCAACAGAGGAGGACACGAGCCCUGCACCCCAGCUGAAUCAUAGCAACUCUGACAUCGUCUCCAUCAACUGCAACGUGAGGCUGGCUCCCAGCCAGGAAAUCAAUUUCCACCUGUCUGGGAACCUCUGGCUGAGGUCCCUGAAAGCACUCAAGUACAAAUCGCUGAAAAUCACAGUCAACGCAGCCUUGCAGAGGCAGUUCCACAGUCCUUUCAUCUUCCGAGAAGAGGACCCCAGCCGCCAGAUCACUUUUGAGAUCUCCAAGCAAGAAGACUGGCAGAUCCCCAUCUGGAUCAUUGUGGGCAGCACGUUGGGGGGCCUCCUGCUCCUGGCCCUGCUGGUCCUGGCACUAUGGAAGCUUGGCUUCUUUAAAAGUGCCAGACGCAGGAGGGAACCCGGCCUGGACCCCACGCCCAAAGAGCUGGAAUGAAGCUCCCAUGAAGGCUGCGAGUUGACGGGGGCCAGGAUGCCGGGACCAGUGGGUGUACAGGCCCAGGCCGGUGGCCCCACCGAGUUGGGGAAGAGGAUGCCAGCUUGCUUGCACUUGACCUCAUCUCCUGAGAGAAGGGUCCUGCUCCCUCUGGAAAGGAAUUCAAGCCAGAUUUAAGAGGGACUGCCCUAUUGGGAGGCCAAGACACCUCCAACACAGAUCCUGGGGAUUUAAAGGGACUUCCAAGGCGUAACUCAAAGCCUCCCCAGAGCUCUGUGGUGGCAUUUGCUGCCCCCACUGCUAAGGUGCUAGGAAUUCCUCAUCCUCCCCAUCCUGCGAAGACACGCAGACGAAGACUGCAGAUACUUAUGCCAGGCCUCUAAUUCCAAAAAGAGCCAGUGGGACAGCAGAUCUAACUCUGCACUGUCCACCCAUGCUGCCAGGGCUCCCGAGUCACCCGCUUCCCCAGGGGAGAUAGGACCCCCAGAGCUGCCCCUGAGCCAAAGUGCUUGGUGGUGUCGGCUGCUGGCAAGGGAUAAAGACGUGGAGACUGUGACGGACAGGCAGCUGGGACCCAGGACUCGGGCACCCACCCUGAGAUGGGGAAGCAGGCAGCCUCUCCAUCCUCCUGGUGCACACUGGCUGCCAC